AUGACGCAGGUGGCGGAGGAGAAACAAUUAAAUGGUCAAAAUGGCCAAAAUGGUCAAAAUGGAUAUAAUGAUGAUGAUGACGAUUAUAGAUACAGACAUGAUGGAGAUGGUGAUCAUGAUCGAGGUGGUGAUCGUGGUCGUGGUCGAGAGGAUGACCAUCGUAAUGGUCGCAGGGAGGAUGACCAUCGUUACGGUCGUGGAGAGGAUGACCAUCGUAAUGGUCGUGGAGACGAUGACCAUCAUAAUGGGCGUGGAGAGGAUGACCAUCAUAAUGGUCAUAGAGAGGAUGACCAUCGUAAUGGUCGUGGAGAGGAUGACCAUCGUAAUGGUCGUGAUGAGGAAGACAAUCAUCGUGGGCGUGGUAAUGGUGAAGUCGAUAAGAACAAUAAGAAAGACGAUAAGAAAGACAAUAAGAAAGACGAUAAGAAGGACGAUAAGAAAGACGAUAAAAAAGACGAUAAUCAUAGUCGUGGUGAGAAAGACAAUCAACAUGGUUCUGGUAAUGGUAAAAAUGAUCCUGACCACAAAAGCGAUCACGGUGGUGAGAAAGACCAUCCUGGUGUUCGUCAUGUAGUUGUCCACCAUCAUUUUGACUAUGGAUCCAGAGCAGACUCGGGGUUCCGUCGUUAG